AUGAAUUCCAAUACACAGUAUCAACCAGUGAGCCUUGGUGGGAAUGAUUCACAAGACCCAGGACAGGUUUCACCCUCGGGAAACACACACUUGGAAAACGAGCCCGACAGCAACUCUGACUUCGAUUGCCCUCCAGGCACCCACGCGCCGUCAGUUUACGAUUUACCGGCAGUUGAAGGAGCUCAAAAGCCCCUGCGGCUCAUCAAUCUCAACCCCGGACCCCUCUCCCAAGAGCACUGGGCACUGAAGCUUUUUUCAUGGACAUGGGAGAUUAUCUUGACCGUCUUGCCCUUGUUCUUCAUAGCACUCGCUAGCGAGGCAAUCCAGCUCGACAAGAGCCCCGUGGCAACGUCAAAGUACGGCGACAGGAUUGUCGAGGUAAGCCGACUCGGUCCGACUAUCUAUCCGAUUCUGUUCGCCAUGGUUGCAGCCCGCUUCUAUAAGAAUGCUGCCCGCUGGCACCUUGAGAGGCCUCAAGGCGUGAGCGUGUCCUCGCUCGAGCAGAUGUUUGGCAGUCAGAGCUUUGCUAGCGCACUCGAACGACUAAUCGUUGUCCGCGCCCAACUUCUCCUCGGUACUUUGAUUCUUUCGACCUGGGCAAUGUCACCUCUUGGUGGCCAAAGCUCGUCAAGACUCGUUCGAAUAGGCUCGAUGAAAGUCAAAGCCAUGGAUCAGGAGAUCCAAUACAAAAACAGAGCUCAUCAAAUGUCUCUAUAUCACGACAGUGAUGAUCUUUGGCCGGCCUUGGGCGUUGUGUCAGCGCUCUAUUCCUCUUGUCUUCUCUCGUCGAAAUCGCAACAGAGGGCUUUCAUGGACAUCUGGGGACGUCCUAAAAUUCCCCAAUGGCAACAUAAACGAGGAGAAAGUGUCGAAACCAACACUUGGGUCGAAAUCGAUGGAAACGAUCUUGCAACUGGAGAGGCAGACUACGCAUCCCUGAUUGGGAUCCAACUCCAAGGCCUCGAUUUUGCGGAUGAAACGGCGCAGUACGAAUUCAACAUCUCGUCGGCAUACAUCGAUUUCGACUGCCUCAUGACUAGAGUCGAUUCCCCGGAAGUUGCCCGAAGCAUCAAGUUGUGGCAAAGAAAGUACUCGAACUAUUCCAUGGUCAAUUUAGAUGACGUUUUACCCGCAUAUGGAGCAGAAAGCUUCAAGGCUUUUUUAGCAUGGCCGCGCGCCGAACCUCCUUAUUUGCUUUACGCAAGCAUACAGGGCGUGUCGGACUAUUCUGUUUUCAAUUGCAGCAUGGAUACUGUUCACCUCGAGACCAGUAUGAGUUGCACAGCUGCAGGAUGCGAGCCGCUGGCACAACGUCAAAUACACAGGACAGGAACGAUAGAUAUAGGCGCCGCCCAAUACGCCGGAUCUGUCUCCGAAGCUUUACAAAUUUGGCCAAAUCUGACGUCAGUAUACCCGUCCCCCUGGUGUGCAUCAGCAACAGAGAAUUACAUUGCCAACGACGAAGACGCCUUCAACGAACACAGCCUUCGAUCUUGGACAGGAGUCGACUUGGAUAUGUUCUCCUACAGACUCACAAACGCUUUCAACACAAUGUGGCAGGCUGGGAUAGAUCCGUACAACAUCACCAAAGCAACCUUCGCCGACACGCCUGUUCCAGACCCCGACAAUCCUUUUACUAACCGGACUUUAGCAAGGGUCAGCAAAACCGAAAGAGUGUAUCACGUUGACAUGCUUUGGGCGGUGCUUCUUAUUGUGACGACCUUAAUUUUGCAAGUUCUUGCUGUUGGGGGCUUUAUUCUACGAUUUUUGGUUCGAGGUCCGGAUAUCUUAGGCUUCGCAAGCUCUCUUACCCGAGACAAUCGAUUUGUCCCAGUCUUGGGUGGCUCGUCACUGGACGGUGCAGAACGAGCAAGGUCUUUGAAGGACUUGCGAAUCCAUUUUGUGGAUGUCCAGCCUGAAGGCAGCUGUGGUUACAUUGCAGUGAGCGCUGUAGCCCCAGUGGAUGAUGAAAAGAACGACCAGCUUUGCAGGCCGCUGGAGAAGAACCGACUCUAUAGCUAA